AUGGCCAUUGUGAAUCAGCCUGAUCCAUACGAUAUCACUUGGAACCAGCUUCCAGCAAUAGAGACGUGGUUGCCAAAAACCAUAGAAACUUCAAAAGAACUCUUAAGCUACUUUGAGUUUACAGUUGUUUGCACAGCGAAUUUUCGCAAUUAUAGAUGGCCGAUCGAAUUUUCUUUCUCCUCCUACCAAAGCAUAAGAAAAACGUUAAAAAGCAAGAUAGGCAGAGAGCCAGAGCUUCCCAAGAUUAAAAGCAAUGAGUUCGAGAAAAAAGGAAUCUACGAAAAGCUUGAGUUCCUUAAGUCCAUCCUCGAAACGCUAAUUCUCUAUUACUUCACCCAUGACGAAGUUAGAGAAGUCUUCGAAAUAUCAAGAACCUCGUUCACUUCAGCUGCAAAAGCUAAAGAAGGUUUCGUUGAAAAGAAAAUUUUCGGGAUUACACUCAAAAGUACCGAAAAAGCCUGGUUUCAUAUAAAUGGAGAUUGGCUAGAUUUUUAUAAAGACCAAAAUACUCCAGUGCCGUAUGAUACCCUGGCCUUAAGUAAAGAUUUUACUAUAGAGACUUUGCAUGGCCAUAAAAUUGAGUUUACCUCAAAUCAAUAUGAAAUUUAUAUUGAAACUAAAAAUCCAAUAGACCAGGCCUUAUGGCAAGCCGCCCUUAUAGAUACUCUGCAUAAGUCAGAACGCUAUAACUAUGAGCCAAGAUAUCAAUCUUCCUUCCCAGUCAGACAAGGAAACAUUGUGAGGCCAUACGUUGAUGGGAAUGACUAUUACUCCGACCUUUACGAACAUUUUAAUUCAGCCAAAAAAACGAUCUGCAUAUCAGAUUGGUGGUUCAGUGCCAAAAUGUACCUGAAAAGACCUAAAGAUCUAAAUAAAGACUCAAGGCUGGAUAGGCUUCUUAUUGAAGCAAAUAGAAGAAACGUCAUGGUCUACAUUAUUAUUUGGCAAGAGCUUACACUUGCUACUUAUAACAAUGCUAACGAUGCAUUGAAGCUAUUUGAGCCUUAUCCAAACAUCAAGAUUCUUACUCAUCCAUGUUGUUUCUUGCGAGGGCUGAAAGAAUGGCUUGGCUACGUAUACUGGACCCAUCAUGAAAAAAUGGUAAUCAUCGAUAACGAAAUUGUUUUCAUGGGUGGCCUAGACUUAUGCCUAGGAAGAUGGGAUACCCACGAGCAUUCUCUUAAAGACGUUGAAAAGCCUUAUAUAUGGACAAGCUGGGAUUAUUCCAAUGUAAGAGUUAAAGACUUCGCAAGAGGCUGGGAAAAUGACGAAUCAGAAACCCCAAUAGACAGAAAUGUGGUCCCAAGAAUGCCGUGGCAUGAUAUAGCGAUGUCUGUAAAAGGCCCGAUUGUAAAGGACAUUUUAUUUCACUUUAGAGAUAGAUGGAACUUUAUUGAUAAUGAUACCAAAUCAAAAUAUGACGCCAUCUCAACUGAGGAUGGUGGUUAUAAUCAAUCACUGAACCAAACUACUGAAUUUCUGUCUAGUGAACUUGAAAAAGAAGCCUUAAAAAUUGCGGCACCCCGCUCUGCAGGAAAUUUAAACCACAUGGCAGCAUUUAUAAGAGGAAAUUAUAAAAACCACUUUCAGGCUCCCGUGAUCUCUAAAGAGAGGAAAGCACAGUAUAGAGACAUAAACCUCGUGAGUCAAGCAGAGUCUGAAAAUUCCCUAUAUGGAAAUGGAGCUGAAUGCCAACUCUUAAUAAGUGGCUGCAAAUGGAAUCUCGGCUUCAAAAUCCCAGAAAAAUCAAUUAUGCACGCAUAUGUUGACCUAAUUAAUAAUGCUGAGCACUUCAUUUAUAUAGAAAAUCAAUUUUUUGUCUCUAGUACGGCUGGAGAAGAAGUUCAUAACUUGAUAUCAGAAGCAUUAACCAAUAGGAUCAUAAGAGCUAAAGAGACCAACCAAAGAUUCUUACUUACUUAAAUCAUUAUAUAGAGAUUAAAAUGGCAACACGUGUCAACCUGGCCUCUUGGCACAGCAGUUCACGCCUUAUGGCUACGGCGAACUUGGAUAGACUCCGAUCAAGAAUAAAAGUGCAGGCUCAAGAGAUGUGCAUUCGGGUGGGUUUUUUAGUUACUUUCCUGUGGUUAAAAAUCGAUGUGCUCAGUAACGUCCUUUGGAUCCAAGGACCAUGGGCAUUCCUCUACCGAGAAACUGGGGUUUCGGCCCAGGCCACAAAGGAACAGUCUUUUUCCUUAGCUUUUGAAGAAGGGCACUUUGGCGCCCGACAGACUCCAAGGGCUUGAUCCUUGGAAUCAAGCUACUCCAAUCUCCCGUAGCAUGGCCACUCAAGAGCCGCAAGGCAAAGAGGAGACGGUGGUACCGGAAAUGGCACAGCCUCUCUGAAUUGGAGUCGAAAAGCGGUAGAACCUCCGUACGGUAGGUCUUUGGUGACUGCACCACCAAUAUGGCUAACAUUUAACUUUUAAUAAUCCUAAUCCUACUUAAAUUAUUAUCAAGUAGCUCCCCGUGCAGCCAUGACUGCUUUUUAUGUUCCUUCCUUUGCUCCGUCAUCUUGCUUGCAAGUCCGAUUCUACGCCUUAGAGGCAUAUUACUACUCCCUCUUACGAGGACUUGCACCUGCAACUCGGAGGUAAAGACGCUGUGCCACUGCUAUACGUCAACGGGGUUGCCUUUCUAAAAGCAAUUUUCUUGUCAAGCUAUCGAAUGAGCUAAAAUUAUACCCAGGGCACAGCUCUGGUAUCGCGCUAGAAAAAUACCCGAUUUAUCAAGGGACACUCUGGCCUUGCUGAGUUGUCCCUUUCAAAAUUAAAGCUUCAUCCUCCCCUCGGGGUAAAACCUUGUCCUGAAUGUGAGCUUGCGACCUGUCAGCUCGACAUUGUACUCCAUCAGACCAAUUAAAAUUCGUCCGAAUACACUCAUCUCAUGCUGCUCUUCCUUUUAUAAGGUCUCAGACUUUCUAUAGGCUUUAGGUAUUAAGAGGGCAGGUCUGUUUGCCACAAAUUUUUUUUUAUGUGUGUAAGCAACCAAAGAUUCAAAGUCAUCUUUUUAGUUCCUCUUCUUCCAGCCUUUGAAGGGGAGAUAGACGAAGACGGGAUGUCAGCAAUGAUCUUAAAGCAAAGCGUCAAUUGGCAAGUCAAAACUAUUCAUCGAGAAGACUCAGAGACCUGCAUGUUCAGAAUUCUGAGGAACGCUGGCAUAGAGCCGUCUGACUACAUUAGGUUUUAUUCCUUGAGGAAUCAUGACCAUUUAAGCCAGCCUGUGACUGAACUAAUAUAUAUCCACUGCAAAGCUAUGGUCGUGGAUGAUAGAUAUGCAAUUAUUGGUUCAGCCAAUAUUAAUGAUAGAAGUAUGAAUGGAGACAGGGACUCUGAAAUUGCACUGGUUAUCAAGGGGUCUGAAACUGUGCAAGGCUCGAUGCUAAAUCAACAUUAUGACAAGUUUAAGGUCGCCCAUGACCUCAGAGUCAGCCUUUGUAUGGAGCAUUUGGGAGUCUCUGAUCCAAGCAUAGUAGAAGAUCCUUUUGAUGACUCUCCCCCUUUAAAUUGGAACAAAAAAUUUUGUUCCAAUUUAAAGGGAGGUUAAUUUACCAAAAAAGUGGAAAUUUUACCUAUAUAUUUGUUCCAAUUUAAAAGGGGGGAGUGAAGAGUUUUCGAACCUAUGGAUAAACACUGCUAGAGAAAACACUGAGUUCUAUAGAAGAGUUUUUGGGUGCUAUCCAGAUGAUACUAUUCAGCAUUAUUCUCAAGUCCAAGAGUUGAAGAGUAAUGCACAUUUGGAUGAGUACGAGCAGAGAAAAGGCUCAGUUAGAGGGCAUUUAGUGGAGUACCCAUUGAACUUUUUAGCUAAAGAAAUUCUUCAGACCUGCUUUGAGUCACCUUUGAUUCAGCAUAAGAUUUUUACUUAA